GUGUACCACAUUUGUACGUCCCAUCAUUAUUCAUAAUUCAACUUUACAGUGCCAGUGCAUCAAUCUUUAUGAUGACAAGGCGACUGGAAUGGCACACUGUCAUCUGGCUGUACCUUAUCGUGAUGAUAUCGGCCGACUACCAGUGUGUCUGCAACUACAGCAAAUAUGGAGUUCCAGUUUACCAAAAUACAACAAGGACUUCAGUCUCUCUAGGAAUUGUGGACGUAGAUGUCUGCAAACAGUAUUUGUACACUACAAGCGAACAAUCGACUGCAUUCUAUGCAAUCAUGUUUAGGCACCAGAUUGGAUUUGUGAUGGAUAUUUACAUUACAAAACAAAACUGUCAAGGAACACCUCCAGUAAAGGACAUAGAUGAUAUCGGACAAAACAGAACAAUUAUCAUAAAAACUGUUGAAACGGUGCAGACAAAUACUACCGGAACACAAUACACAACUACUUCAAAUGAAUUGUAUAAUUUUACUUCUGUUUCACAAGGCCAUGUCGAGUUGUGCCCGAACAGAAUACAACAUCUUGCGAAGCUGUCCGGAGAACUGUUAGCACAGCUGGGACAAAAUUGCUACGAGGUUGUUCAGACAGCUGUUUCUUGGUCUCAUGCUGAGGCAAACUGCAAACGUAAUAGAGGGCAUCUGGUACAUAUAACUAACCAACAGGAACAAGACUUCAUCAACAAUUUUCUUGUUAAAAACCAUAGUCGUGCAGUAUGGUUAGGUCUACACGAUAGAAAUCAAGAAGAAAGUUUUGAAUGGACGGCAGGUAAUACCGUAACAUACACAAAUUGGAAGCCUCGGCGAAAAGAUGAUAUAUAUCACGAUUCCGAAGACUGUGUUUUUAUGACACCGUCGACUGGACAGUGGGAUGAUGUACAAUGUGGUGGUGAUGAUUCAUUGUCAGAACUCUUUCAUGCGUAUAUAUGUCAAUAUGCUACUAUUGAUGCAUCAGUUUCUGGUGGUAACAUAUAUUCAUGUCCUUAUAAACUUCAUCAGCAGGUUGAGAGAGAAAGAGGCAUUCUUGUACAGCAUGACCACAGUUGUUACGAACUCGUUGCAGACACUAAGGUUGCUUGGCAGAAUGCCGAGGACCUAUGUCAUAGUAGAGGAGGUCAUCUUGCUUACAUAAGUAAUCUACAAGAACAAGCAUUUAUCCAAAGAUUUCUGAACAGAUAUUCUCCAAGCCAUGCUGUUUGGAUUGGCCUCACAGACCACAACUCGGAGGGACAUUUUCAGUGGACAUCAGGAGCUCCUGUCCAUUUUACAAAUUGGAUACCAGGUCACAUGUCCAAUAAUGCUAGUUCUAGUCAAGAAAAUUGUGUGGCGUUUAUACCAUAUAAAGGCGGAAAAUGGGAUGAGAUACCAUGCGAAAGCACUCACCAUUCCAUAUUUAGCGGCACCUCCUCAUCCGGAGAAAUACAUCCUCUUUUAUGUCAAUACCGUAUUUCAUCUGGACCAUCGUUGAUUGGAUAAAUGGAUUUAGUUAUAUGUCAAGGAGCAUAUAUUCAGAAAUAAAAUUGAAAAAUA